UUGACGAACACCCGACCCGACAGCGCAGUGAUCGUCUGAUUCGGAACAGAAUCAAAACAUUCCCCACAUUAAAUUAAUUUUCUUUUGGAAAAUCCAAUUAAAUUAGCAGGAUAAAACACUAAUUUUGCAUUGAUAGUAAAAUGGCCACAUCCCGAGUUAAAACGCGCGAGUCGAAAACGGGAGAGCUGAUCGCCUACAGCGAAACGGCCAUCCGAAACAACGCAUCCGCCGUGGAAUACUGCCGAACUUCGAUGGCUGCCCUGUCCGGAAGCACCGCUGGUGUUCUCGGGCUGACCGGCAUAAUCGGAUUCCUGUUCUACGUGCUGGCCGUUCUCGGGCUGUGGUGCAUGCUGCUGCUCAAAUCCGGCUCCAAUUGGCAGAAGUAUUUCAUCACCCGGAAAAGUCUCCUGACCAACGGAUUCCUCGGAGGACUCUGCACGUACGUACUGUUCUGGACAUUUCUCUACGGUAUGGUUCAUGUGUAUUAGAAUGCUAUGCGGAAGGGAUCUAUUUAUAACAGCUGGGGAAAGGGUCUAUUGCAAUUUUUCGCUUCUGAUCCUACAUUCGGUAGGGAGUUGAAGAAAAUCCAAACAGCGAUGCGUUGUCAUUAGCCGUAAUUUGUUUUAUGAUACAGUAAAUUGAAAAAUGUA